CUUUAUCUUUGAUUUCAAUUACCAAAAAGCCCAGACUUGUUUGCUAGAAUUACCCAAAAAGUGAAUAGAGAGAGAGCUCUGUCAGUGCCUGAGAGGAUUUGAGAAUUGAGACCCUAAAUUCACUCUCUCUUGUUUGUUUCCAAGAAGAAAGCAUGGCGACCAUCACGAUGGUGUCUCAGUUUCAAUGCUCCACUAAGUUCACCAUUAGGAGUCUUUGCAAGCAUGUUCAAACUAAUCAUAAUGCAACAAGCAUCGAUUUAUGUACUGUAAAGCACAAUAUAUGUGGGAGGCAAUUAAGCCUCCAUAGCUCCUCUAGAGAAGGUCUUAGAUGUUUGUCAAAGCCAAUAUCUGCAGUUGGUUCAGGCUUGGAAGUCUCUACUGAUCCAAAGGACAAUGCAAUAACCAUAAAAAAUGUCAAAAUAUUAGUGGAGUAUCGAGAGGAUGAUAAGAUACAACUAAGGGUGGACUUGACUGGGAACGAAACACAAAAAGUUUUUGACCAGGUUUUGACAGAUUUGGCUCGUUCAGCACCUCCAAUUCCAGGAUUUCGAAGACAAAAGGGAGGAAAAACUUCAAAGGUUCCAAAGAGCUUUUUGUUACAGGUCCUUGGCGAAGAGCGCGUCACAAAAUUUGCCAUACAAGAAAUAGUUAGUUCAACUGUGGCAGAUUAUGUGAAGAAGGAAAACCUGAAUGUGAAGGACAAAAAGAUUAACACAGUCCAAACAGCCGAAGAACUCAAAUCGUUGUUUGCUCCUGGAAAUGAAUUUGGAUUCAAUGCCACAUUGGAGAUCGAAAAUUUAGAAUCUGAAACUACCAGUUCAUGAUCAUCUGAAAUGUAAAGAAAUCAUAUUCUUCUAAAGGAGCUCUGUUGUUGUUAUAUCUUUGUUUUCAUUUUUUUUGGUAAUAUUGGCAAUCAAUUUUCCAGUGUAAAAAAUGAGGAUGGAGUUUGUUGUAACAUUAUAUAUUACUUUUUUUA